AUGUCAGAUCUUAGUAAUCUUAUAAAUCCAGAAGAACCUGCUGUAUCAGAUCACAAGGUACCACAGGAUACGAUCUUGAAUAGCUUUGAGCGCAUUAAGACCCAUUUCCCUGCUGCCAGAAUUAAAAAGAUAAUGCAAAGUGAUGAGGAGAUAGGAAAGGUAGCACAAGCAACGCCAGUUAUAAUAGGACGGGCCCUUGAAAUAUUCAUGGCCAAUCUAGUAGAAGCUUCUAUAGUCGAGGCUGAAAAGCAGGGGGUCAGAAGAAUUGGCGCUUCUCAUAUAAGAUCAGCGGUUGAGAACACCGAGCAAUUUGAUUUUUUGGUAGAAGCAGUUGCAAAGUACCCUUCCUCGAAGAACUGA